AUGUGUAUGGAACAGUUUUAUGUCGUCCUGGGCAAUUGUCGCAUUCCAGGCUUGCCAGAAGACUCGCUUAGAAUGCGUCGGGCCUCAUUUGAUGAUCUAAAACUGAGCUCCCAUAUCUGUGUCUUCGUCAGUGGCCAGGUUUUCGAGGUGGCUUGCUAUCACCCAGAUUCUGGUCAGCCUUGUUCGGUUGCCGAACUUAGUGCCAGCCUUGAUCGCUGUCUGCACUUAGCCACUUCUAGCAAAACGUCAUCUGAUGGUGUUGGUGUAUGUACAAGUUUGCCAAGAGAUGACUGGGCCAAACUUUACGGCAAGUUGAGACGAGAUCCUCAGAAUGCAGACGUCCUCGACAGCAUUGAGUCCAGUCUGAUAGUAGUCUGCUUAGAUAAGGCGACUCAUGUACCCCUCUCUGAGAAUCAACUAAGGGACAGAAAGCCGACACCCGGCUAUAGCAGAAGCUUGUUUAUUUCUCCUAGAGAGACAGCCAACGCAUCUAACACUCUUCAUGGCUUCGGUCCCUUAAAGAAGGAGGGCAAUUCCUCUAACCGCUGGUUCGAUAAGACAAUACAACUUAUCACCUCCAGAGAUGGCUCAGUUGGUGUUAAUUUUGAGCACACACCAUCUGACGCUGGGGCAAUCAUUGCGCUUGUCAACGCGAUGCUUACACGGGAAAAGCAAGGUUCUAUUGAAACCUCAGACUCAAUGUCUCUGAUUCGUUCUGGUAACCUGGACCGGAUGGUGCGGACGCUUGCUUGGAACCUAGAUUCCGCUGAUCAAGAGAUGACUAGUCGGGCUGGUGACAAUAUUCAGACGUAA